AUGUCAAGGAUUGCAAAUUCAAAUGUUGCUGGAUACAUGCAAGGUGUUGGUCAAGCGCUUACAGAUGAUACAACUUAUCAUAUAUCAAGUUCGGCAACCACUGUAUUGGGAGCUACAGCUGAAGUAGCUGAAGCUAUAACGUUAUUUCUUCCAAUGAUUGGACUUGUAGCAGAAUUGACUGCAAAAAUAAUAGAAGCGUAUAAUAAUGCACAAAUUAAUAAACGUAGUUGUACAGCUUUAGUAAAUCGAGUGCAAGCGGCUGAAGUGGCUGUUCAAGCAUUGGUUAGGAAUAGAUACGAUAACGAGGAAAAAUUUAAAGAUAAAAAUUAUUAUCAUUGUUUCCAGAGAUUUGUUAAUCUUCUCAAGGAUAUCAAGAAAUUUAUUGUAGAUGUGACUCAAAUGAGCGGUCUAAAAAAAUUUUUUCAAUCUGGUUCAAUUAAAUCAAAAUUUGAAAGAUAUAUUAAGGAUUUUGAUAGCACAGUAAAUGAUUUGAAUCUUGCUGUAGUUAUUGCCAGUGAAGAGCAACGUCAAAAAGAUUUUAAAGUGAUCUCAGAUUCUUUUGAGACCAUUAUGAAGUUCUUGGAGAAUGUGGCAGGAAACGUUGCAGUAGUGAAAACUCACAAUAAUGAAAAAAUUAUAGAGAUGAACACUAAUUUUUCCAUAGUACCGCAAUUAAAACAUCAAGUGGAUCAAUUAACAAAACAACUAUCAGAAGGAACUGAUGCUCAAAGUAAACCAAAGCCGAAACCUAAAUUUAUUCAACCAAAUGAAUUAAAAAAUGCAAGACAUUACACGAAUUGUACACAAGACAAUAAAUGGUUACCAAAAAUUACAAAUUUUGAAUAUAGUCGAGGUUUAGAUGCUUAUACAAUAGAUCUAGAAAAUAGUGUAUUAACAAUGGUACAUUGGUUUCCGCCUGAAAAAAUGUUACAUUAUCAAUUAAAUCAAGAUGUGUGGAAACCAGAUCCAGAUUCAAGACCAGAUAUAGUUGAUUUAUUUAAUAGCUUAUAUGACUUACUUGACAAAGUUAAACCAGAUUGUUCGCCAUUAUUUUCACCAAUCAAAAAUGAUGAAGCUAUUAAAGCAUCAAUUUCCAUUAACAAUAAUAAUAAAGCUAACAACAUUGUUAAUGGUGGCAAUGAUGAUGGUGAUGAUCCAUCAUUGUUGCCUAAUUUUGUUGACUUUUCAUUGGAUGAUAAAGUUGAAAAACUUGCUUUGGUGUGCAAAAAAAAUGACAAUCUUUUUGGAAAAAGAUCAACAAGUGUAACUUCCUCAAUUAUGGUCAUAAAGAUACAAUUAAAUACGGAAAUAAAGGCUUAA